UAACAUUUUAUAAUGGUUUUAGUUUUCUCUUCAAAUAAUUAAUAAACAAUGAACCUAAAUAUUAUCAGUAUAUUUCGGAGGAGUAUUAUAUCAAGAGGUAUUUUGAGUCUACAAUACAAUAAAAUUGAUUAUGCAAGACCAAACUGCUUACGUUCAGAGGUUAGAUUUCCUCAGUUAAGAUGUCAGAAUACAGUAGCUAUAGAAGAAAGCUAUGUAAAAAAAUUUAUGAAAGCUGUUGGUUGGAUGGAUCAAGCCAGAACGCGUCUUAAACUGACUGGAUAUUUCUUAUAUGAAUGUGUACCUGACAAAGUUGCAUACAAUGAGUGGUUUGAAGAGUUGGACCUGCCAGACACGUUUGCAUCAUGGUUUAUAGUGACAGAACUCCAUGUUUGGCUCCUGCUUGUUUGUUAUAUGGCUGAAGAUGUGUCAGCAGCUUUGACCGAUAAAAAAAAGUAUGUUAAAGGAGAUGGACAUUUUGUAAGAAACUGUAUUAUUGAAGCACUAUGGGCUGAUGUGGCUAAUAGAAUUAAAUUGUUGGAGGGUGCCAAUCCAACAAUAGCUAAAAAGCAAGUGUUGGAGCUUUCUGAACAAUUUCAAGCAGCUUUGGUCUCAUAUGACGAAGGGCUCGAAGAUGACAAGGUUAUGGCUGCUGCUGUCUGGAGAAGGUUCUACACCCUCUCUCAGGAUGUCAAGGCUGAACAAAUAGAAAGGAUUGUUCACUUUAUAAGACAUCAGCUUUCAAUAUUACAUGAAAUACCAAGCCAAGACCUAAAGUGGAAACCUGAUAUUAAUUGGUUAAGUAUAAGAGAUCAUUAAAUUAUUUUACCUAGUUGGAAGAUUUAGUUCUAAGGUUGUAAAAAUAAAAUCAAGUUUUUUGUUUGA